AUGGGUUUCCGCUGGAACUCUCCUUUGGCCCAGGUGCUCGCCGUGGGUCUCAUCUGCUUCUGCUGCCCCGGCAUGUACAAUGCCCUAAACUCUCUCGGUGCCGGUGGUCAGGUCGACUCCAAGAUCGGUCAGAACGCCAACGUUGCCCUGAACACUUGUUUUGCCCUCUUUGGACUCCUCGCCGGAGCCAUCCACAACAAAAUCGGACCCAAGUGGACUAUUUUCAUUGGUUGCAGUACCUACUGCCUCUACGCCGGAUCUUUCCUCUCCUACAACCACCACAAGACUGGCUGGUUCUCUAUCAUCGCUGGUGCCCUCCUCGGUGUCGGCGCUGCCAUGCUCUGGACCGCCCAAGGUGCGAUCAUGAUGGCCUACCCCAGUGAGCAGGAGAAGGGACGUUACAUUGGAUACUUCUGGGCCACUUUCAACGCCGGAGGAGUCGUUGGAUCCAUCAUCCCUCUUGUCAUCAACUUCAAGUCAACCUCGACCGGUCCCCUCGCCGACUCGAUUUACAUUGCCUUCAUGUGCAUCAUGGCCCUCGGCACUUUCAUCGGUCUCACCCUCGCUGCCCCUAGCAAGAUCGUACGUAACAACGGUGACAAGAUCAGGAUCCAAGAGUUCCCCACCUGGACUGGCGAGGUCAUUGCUACCUUGAAGCUCUUCCUUGAUUGGCGCAUGGUCGUCCUGAUCCCCAUGUUCUUGUCGUCCAACUGGUUCUACGCCUACCAGUUCGCCACCGUCCAGGGGUGGUUCUCGAUCCGCACCCAGUCGCUCAACAAUAUCCUCUACUGGGGUGCUCAGAUUGUCGGUUCCUAUGGUUUCGGUCGCGUCCUCGAUUUCCAGGGCGUCCCUCGUCGCACUCGUGGUCUCUGGGGUCUUGCGAUCAUCUCUGUUUUCUUCAUCAUCACUUGGGUAGGUGGUAUCUUCUUCCAAAAGACCUACACCAUCAACGAUCCCGCAGGCAACCACGACUUCUCCGAGGGUAGCAUUUAUAUCGGACCAUUGUUCUUGUACAUCUUCUACGGAUUGGGCGAUGCUGCCUGGCAGACAUACUGCUACUGGUUGAUGGGUGCCCUCUCCAACGAUGUCACCGUCCUCUCGCGUUACUCUGGCUUCUACAAGUGCAUCCAGUCGUCUGGUGGUGCCAUCUCCUGGAGGAUCAACGCCCUCAAGGUUCCCUUCAUGACCGAGUUGAUCAUCUGCUUUGCCCUUUUGGGCGCUUCCAUCCCCGGGGCGUUCGUCCUCGCCAACCGUCUUGAGGAGCACUCCGAGGAGGCCGUCCACAUCGAGCAUCACGAGUCCAAGUUGGACGAAAAGCACGAGAUCCAGGCUUAA